UGUGAAAUUAGCCAUUUUCCUGUAUCUCAAACUUCCCUCAGCCGUCGCGGAAACGUUGAUUCAUAGUGUAAAAAGGAUUUAUGAACAGGAGUGAGGGCAGACUUGGACCUGUUCGUGCCUUUUUAGGUCCUCGGGGCCGCGCAGGCUUCGGCCCAAUGAAAGUGAAAGUGAAAGUGAAAGUGAAGCGGCUCCGUGCUGCACUAAGCUAGCUGUGCUCUGUCGAGCAGCAAGAUACACAGAGACCUGAGAGGACUCAAACGCAGGACACGGUGAAGAAUUCAGCAGUUUUAAUGUGAAGUGUGAUAACUGGCAGGCACAGACACUGGAGAGUCUGUGUGAGCUGCUGUGGGUGAGAGUGGGUCGGACAGGCGGCCAAAUCCAAGGCUUUCUAAUAGAUUCUCUGAGAGAGGAGAGGGACGGGCAGGGGAAGACUCAACCUGAGAAACAAGCCAGCUAAACUGAAGGCCUGAGUCACACCACCACAUCAACAGCACAACAGUCAGGUGAGGAGCAGUGGUGAGAGCCGAGGUUAAAUACCUAGCUUGACUGUAGAUGGAUGACAGGUGUUUCUAAAAGCCACGCCUGCCACUGAAAGAUUCAGCCUCCUGCAUUCUCACCAUCUACCAUGACGAAAUGAUUGAAGUGGCAGCCUGUGGAUUAUUCCUCCUUAUUUUCGAUGCCGUUCUGGGCUCAGCACUGUGGGCCAGCCUGGUGCUGCUGGAGUACCCCAGCUGUGGUGGACUGGUGGGCAUGUGGGCCUUUGGAGCCAUAAAGUGGGUUUUUCUCCAUGUUUUCUCCAUGUUGCUGACUGAUGGAAAGCCCCAGCCUGUGCUCCGCAGGUUGGUGGGCCUCCUCUGCCUCCUUCCUCCUGUGUUUGAAAGCGGAUGUUUCCUGAAGGCAUCUUCUGAGCCUUACCGGGGCCCAUCUCCUAACCUCACCAUGCUGCUCUUAGGUCCAAUGGCCUCAUCUCUGGCCUGUUUAAUUUGGGAAAAGGGCCUCUGUGGGAAUGGAAAGAUGAAAAAGGACAGCGGCAAACUGGAUACCCGGAGGCUGCUUAUGAGGACAUUAAAAUAUUUCAGACCAGACACUCUCUACCUGAUUGCAGCUUUUGGUUUCCUCAUCUUAGGAGUCAUCUGUGAUACGUUUAUCCCGCUCUAUCAGGGGAAUGUCAUUGAUAUGCUGAGUGGUAAAGUACUGGAAGCAGGCUUCGGUUAUGCAGUCGGACAGCUCGUUCUCGUUUCUCUUGGAAGCGCACUCUUCUCUGGCAUGAGAGGCGGCACAUUUAUGUGCGCCUUGGCCAGACUGAACAACAGGCUGAAGCAUCUGCUGUUUCACACUCUCCUGAAGCAGGAAGUGCAGUUCUUUGAUGAAAACAAUGCUGGUCGUCUUUCCUCCCGCUUGCACUCUGACGUGGACAGGAUGGGCCGCACGGUAGCGCUGAAUGCUAACGCCGUGGUUCGCAGCACAGUGAAAACUUUCCUCAUGUUGGGAGUCAUGUUACGCCUGUCCUGGGAGCUCACAGUGCUCACAUGCAUAGAAAUGCCACUCUUAGCCGUAGUGCAAAAUAAAUACAGCGCCUUGAGUAAGGAGCUGAAAGAGCAGAUUCAGGACUGCCAAGCUCAGAACGCAGACUUGGCUUCUCAGACGAUCAGCGGGAUUCAAACCGUCCGCAGCUUCAAGGCAGAGAAAGAUGAACUCAGGAGAUAUCAGGAGGCUCUGGAGCAGAUGCGCAUCGCUAAAAGACGUUCAGGAAUCUACAGUUCAGUCUUUCUCUUAUUACGGAGGCUGGUGUCUCUGGGGAUAAAGAUACUGAUGCUGUUGCAGGCCCGCACCCUCAUCUCGUCAGGAAAGCUCAGCAUCGGCAGUCUUGUGUCCUUCUUCUUGUAUCAGAAGCCCUUGUCAGUCAAUUUAAAGGAAAUAUUGUACUGCUAUGGUGAGACAGUGUCCACAGUUGGGGUCAUUUCCAAAGUGUUCAGCUACCUGGACAGGACACCAAAGUGUAAGGAAGAGGGAGGUUUAGCUCCUGAAAAGCUGCAGGGAAGGAUUGUUUUCAAAAAUGUCACCUUCAGCUAUCCAGACAAACCAGCUCUGAAGUCGGUUUCGAUGGAGCUGCAGCCAGGGAAGAUGACAGCCCUGGUGGGUCCCUCCGGCAGUGGAAAGACCACCUGUGUCAGCCUCCUGAAGAGACUGUAUGAGCCUCAGGAUGGUCAGAUCCUGCUGGACGGAGAGCCGCUGCACCUUUACAAACACAAAUACUUCCAUCAGAAGGUAACCCUGGUUUCCCAGAAUCCCGUGCUUUUCUCUGGCUCUCUGAGAUACAACAUUGAAUACGGCCUGCAGGACUGCAGCAUCGAGAAGGUUAAAGAAACUGCAAAUAAGAUCAAGGCAAAUAAGAUCAUCUCUGACAUGGAAAACGAGUAUGAUACAGAUGUAGGAGAAGGCGGAGGCCGUCUUUCAGGAGGAGAGAAGCAGUGCAUCGCUGUCAUCAGAGCUCUGGUUCGAGACCCGCAGGUCAUCAUUCUGGAUGAAGCAACCAGCAAACUGGAUGCUCAGGCACAGCAUUCAGUGCUGAAGGAGAUUCUGGCUUCCGGCCGGACGGUGCUGGUCGUGGCUCAUCAGCUGAUGACGGUGCAAGAGGCCGAUCACAUCAUCUUCUUGGAGAACGGUGUGAUUGUGGAGGAGGGGACACAUAGCAAGCUGAUGGCCAAGGAAGGACGCUACUAUCGCCUGAAGGAGGAGCUGUUCUCUCAGGACAGCUGAGGAGAGCUGAUGACCUGCAGAAAAUGAAAGGGUAGUUUGAUGUGCAUGUUUCAGCGUUUGCGAGGAGCAGAACCGGUGGCGUUAACCUGUUUGUAUCAGGAGAAUUCAGCUGUUUGUCAUGAAACUGAAAACUGUGACGUCAGACUGACAUAGGCUAACCUGCACCAGUGUUGGAUGUGGAUGAAUGUUUGACCUUCAAAGCAGAUGUUUGGUCACUGGAGCAACUUUAUUCAGCAUAAAGAUUAAAUCAUCCUUUAACAUCCACUUCACGUGGAGAGACUAUCGUGAUCAUGAUCCUUUAGCUACCCUGACUUAUUUUAGAGAUGUACUGCUUCAGUCCAGAGGGAACAGUUCAUGUAAUUCAUUGACAGUGUUGGGAAUAAUUUGGGAUUUCCUCCCACUAAACAACUAUGAAUGACGCCAUGAGACAGUAGCUCAGAGGGAAAGGUCUGUUCUCUAAAAUUCAGUUUUCUGAUUCUGGUGUCUUUGUAUUAGCAGAUCACAGAGGUCAUCUUUGUGUGACCUGCUAAUGAGCAGCUCAGCAGAAAAAUCCAGCAUCCCUGUUUUGUUCCCAGCUCGAUGGUGUUCUGCUAAUAAUGAUGAUGAUGAUGAUGAUGGCUUUUCCUCACUGCUUUUUAUGCUGUGUGUGAGUCUGUGUUACCUUAAAGCUUUUGCCGUGUCUUUAGUGUGAAUAAAACUGCUUAUAGCUCUUUAACAGAAGCUCUCUUUGAGGUAAAACGUUGUCACUGAUGUUCAUCAUUCGUCCCAUCCCGUCAGUUGAUGAUCAUGGUUUCCAGCAUCGAUGGGCUCUCCUCGGACUCCAGAUGAAAUACUGUUUUUGGAGGAUUUUGAUGUCUUUGUUUUGAACUUCAAUUAUUAAAAUUGUUUUUGACAGAAAAAAA